AUGAGAAAUCUGAUACGGAGGCUGGUCUUGCGACUCGCAUUCCUCUUUUGCUUUUUGCAACUUUGCCAGGCCAAAACAGUCACCCUUGACUUCAACGUUACCUGGGUGAAUGCAAAUCCAGAUGGGCUUGCCGAGAGAAAGGUCGUCGGUAUCAAUGGGCAAUGGCCAUUACCUGUCAUAGAGGUUGACAAGGGUGACCAACUUAUUGUCAAUACACACAAUGCCCUAGGGGAUAAGUCUACCUCUAUUCACUGGCAUGGCAUGUACCAAAAUGGAACGAAUGAUAUGGACGGGCCGUCCAUGGUCACUCAGUGCCCGAUCCCACCUGGUGCUUCCUUCACGUACAACUUCACCGUGAACCAGAAUGGAACGUAUUGGUACCACUGCCAUACCGACUAUUGCUACCCAGAUGGGUACCGCCAGGCCUUGAUCGUUCACGACAAGGACUCGUACUUCAACGACAUGUACGAUGAAGAAUAUACAGUCACAAUGAGUGAUUGGUAUCACGACUUGAUGGAAGAUAUUGCGCCGAAAUUCAUCAACAUGGACAAUCCCACUGGCGCGGAGCCGAUUCCACAGGCCUUCCUUUUCAAUGAUACUAUGAAUAGUAGUAUCCCGGUUGAAGCUGGCAAAACUUACUUGUUCCGGUUGAUAAAUAUUGGAGCCUUCGUUGCACAAUAUUUCUAUAUUGAAGACCAUACGUUUCGCAUCGUUGAGAUCGAUGGUGUGUACACGGAGCCCACCGAGGCUGAGAUGCUCUAUAUUGCCGUCGCGCAGCGCUAUGCGAUCCUUGUGACAAUGAAAAAUUCAACGGAGAAGAAUUACCCUAUUGUGACCGUCGCAGAUUCCGUUCUUCUUGACACAAUUCCAGAAGAUCUCCAACUGAACAACACCAACUGGCUAGAAUACAAUGCAGCCUCGGCUCAUCCGCAAGCUGUCAUGAAAGUGGACGUCGCAUCGGAUCUCAAUCCCUAUGACGAUUUCACCCUUGUUCCUUACGACAAGAAGCCACUUCUCCCAGAUGCUGAUAUGACUAUUGAUCUUACGGUCAUCAUGGACAAUCUUGGCAAUGGUGCAAGUUACGCGUUCUUCAACAACAUCUCUUACACGAAGCCCAAGGUCCCAACUCUAUACUCUGUGCUGUCAUCUGGCAACCUCUCUACCAACCCCGAAGUAUACGGAGACUACACCCACCCUUUCGUUUUAGGCCACAAUCAGAUUGUGGACAUAGUUCUGAACAAUGGUGACACCGGAUCCCAUCCCUUCCAUCUUCACGGUCACCAAUUCCAGGUCAUUGAACGGUUCCCUUCGUAUGGAGAACAUUUCUAUGACUAUGCCGAUGGCGACCCCGCGAGACACUUUGGUCCUCCCCCUCAGGGCUACUUUGUGGUCCGAUUUGUUGCCGACACUCCAGGUGUCUGGCUGUUCCAUUGUCACAUCGACUGGCAUCUCUCCCAGGGUCUGGCUUUGACUUUGAUUGAAGCCCCUGAGCAGAUCCAGGAUCGUUUGUCUGUCCCAGAGAACCAUUACGAUGUUUGCAACGCCGCUGGCGUAAAACAUGAGGGCAAUGCUGCAGGUAAUACGGAGGAUUAUCUUGACCUAGAUGGUCAGAAUAAGCAGGUAGACUGGUUGCCUGCCGGGUUUACUGCUAAAGGUAUAGUUGCCAUGGUGUUUUCUUGCGUUUCUGCUUUCUUAGGCAUGGCUUUCAUCACUGUAUAUGGAAUGUCCGGCAUAAAGCAGAUCAACCAGUCAAACCAGGCAAACCGUGCUACCACUUCCCCUGAUGAAACCUCUUGA